ACCAAUGUGUGUGUAUAUAAGGCGAGGUCCCUACAUGUUAGAGCACACAGUUCUCAAUAACUGACUCUUAGCUACAAGUUCAAAGAACUUGCCAGGAAGAUGAAGUUUUUGGUUGUCCUCACAGCUACAUUGGCCUGUGCCCUUGCCAAGCCUAGCAUACUGGCAGGAGACAUCAGCAGUCUUGCAGCCACAUCAAUUGGUGCUCCUCUCACAGCUGCGUCAAUUGCUACUCCCCUUUCAGCUGUGUCAAUUGGUGCUCCCCUUGCUACCCAGUCCAAAUACCACAUUCAGGAUGCAAUUGGGCAGGCCAGUUAUGGACAUGCUGAGCCACUUCAGACCCAUAAUGCUAUCCAGGACGCAGCUGGUAACAAGAUUGGCAGCUUCAGCUACGUGAGUCCUGGAGGCCAAGUCUUGAGGACUGACUAUGUUGCUGAUGCUCUGGGAUACCGUGUGGCCAGCAAUGCACUGCCUGUUGGACCCUCUCUGCCCAUUGCUGACACUCCUGAAGUUGCUAUUGCUAAGGCUGCACAUCUUGCUACCAAAACUGUCAUCCUUAACCGUCGCCGUCGUAGCAUUGCAGCUCCACUAGUUAUUGGCCAAACCCCUGCUGCCACUGCUCCCUUGGGAAGUGCCAUUGCUGCUCCCCUGGCCAUUGGCUACACCUCUGCAGUCAGUGCUCCUCUUGCAGCUUCCAUUGCCUCUCCUCUUUCAGCUACCAUUGCUGCUCCUCUCGCAGCUCCAAUUGCUUCUCCUCUUGCAGCUUCCAUUGCUGCUCCUCUUGUAGCUCCAUGGGCCCUUGGACACACUCCUGCAGCCACUGCCCCUCUGGGUGCCCCUAUCGCCACACCACUGGCCACUACCAUCUGGUAGAUAUCUCUAGUCCUGAAGGCUUCUACCAAUAACUCAUCUGUGAUACUAAAAUGUAGCAUCACCUAUUAUUGCUCAAUGUCCAUCAAUACACAGAAUGAGCUUAUUGUAAUAUACUCCGAUAUGAGGCUGGUGCUGCUAAUCAGCACACCAUCAAUUUAUUCUUUCCCCACAGGUGGGACACCAGAAAAUUACACAUGAGGCAAAACAGUCUUCUUCCACAGCGUUACAUUUUUAAUUGGCAAAUAAAAACAACUCAUGGUCCGCUGGUAAACAGAAUCAUGUGUGACAGGAGAUGUGUAAAGUAAACCUAAAUGUCUACCUAUGACAAUAUUUAAAAUAUUUUCCUUUGUUCUGUAUAAUAUAAAUAAACCUGUUUGCCUUCCUGACAAAUAAUGUGUUUUUUCCUC